AGGAGGAGCAGGAGGAGAAGGAGGAGUAGGAGGCGGGCAGGCGAGCGGACCAGCGGGCGGGCGGGUGCGCAGCGCGAAGAGGCAGCCUCGGCGCUGCCCGGCUCGGCGGCAGCUCAGGAAGCCUCGCAUCGGAUCUGAGUCUAACGGGCUGGCAAUGCCCAGAGAAGAGUCCACACUAGCAUGCGUCACCCCUAGACACAUCUAGACACAUCCACCAGACACUUCUCCUCCCCAGUCCGCCUGGCCUGUUGCUUAGGGACACGUCCCACUGCUUCUCCUGACAUCUGCCUGAUCAACCAUCGCUUACUUAGAGAACAGGGAGGGAGGCAGACGCAUGAAAUCAUGCCACCAACGACCGAACAGCAAUGAGUGGAUGACGCCAAGUUGACGUCAAAGACAGAGAAGACCAAAGCCCAAGAGCAGCUCGCUCUCGAGACUUUCUGCAGCCCCUGCAGCACCAGCCCCCCAGCUCCUUCUCUCCGCACAGCCUGAAGCCUGGCUCCUUCUGGUGAAAUCAUCUUGGCUUGACAUAUUUUGAGGUCUUCAGACCUUUGGACACUAGGCACCAUGGAGAAUCAUAUGUUCAGUGUUCAGCAAAUCCAACCCAACGUCAUUUCUGUCCGCCUCUUCAAGCGCAAAGUGGGGGGCCUGGGAUUCCUGGUGAAGGAGCGGGUGAGCAAGCCCCCCGUGAUCAUCUCCGACCUGAUUCGGGGCGGUGCCGCGGAGCAGAGCGGCCUCAUCCAGGCUGGAGACAUCAUCCUUGCUGUCAAUGGCCAGCCCUUGGUGGACCUGAGCUAUGACAACGCCCUGGAGGUCCUCAGGGGCAUUGCCUCCGAGACCCACGUGGUCCUCAUUUUGAGGGGCCCCGAGGGCUUCACCACACACCUGGAGACCACCUUCACUGGGGAUGGGACCCCCAAGACCAUCCGGGUGACACGGCCCCUGGGUCCCCCCACUGCAGCUGUUGAUCUGUCCCACCAGCCGUCAGCCAGCAAAGAGCAGCCACUGGCAGUCGACAGAGCCCAAGGUCCUGGCAAUGGGCCGCAGCAUGCCCAAGACAAUAGGCAGGAAGCUGGCCCGCUCUCCCACACCAACGGCCUGGCUCCCAGGCCCUCGAGCCAGGACCCUGCCAAGAAAAGUGUCGGGGUCGCCCUCCAGGGCAGCGGGAAGAACAACGAACUGCUCAAAGAGAUAGAGCCUGUGCUGAGCCUUCUCACCGGUGGGGGAAAAGGGAUCAAUGGCGGGGGACCUGGCAAGGUGGAGACUAAAGAUGCAGAAGUCCAAGUGGACAGAGACCUGGACGGCAAGUCACACAAACCACUGCCCCUCGGCGUGGAGAAUGACCGAGUCUUCAAUGACCUGUGGGGGAAGGGCAACGUGCCCGUUGUCCUCAACAACCCGUAUUCAGAGAAGGAGCAGCCCCCUGCCUCGGGAGAACAGUCCCCCACAAAGAACGGCAGCCCCUCCAAGUGCCCCCGCUUCCUCAAGGUCAAGAACUGGGAGACGGACGUGGUUCUCACCGACACCCUCCACCUCAAGAGCACGUUGGAAACGGGAUGCACCGAGCACAUCUGUAUGGGCUCCAUCAUGAUCCCUGCUCAUGAAAUACGAAGGCCUGAAGACGUCCGCACAAAAGAACAGCUCUUCCCUCUUGCCAAAGAGUUUAUUGAUCAGUACUACUCAUCAAUUAAAAGAUCUGGCUCGAAAGCCCACAUGGAGCGGCUGGAAGAGGUGAACAAAGAGAUUGAAACCAGCAGCACCUACCAGCUCAAAGACACAGAGCUCAUCUACGGGGCAAAGCACGCCUGGAGGAACGCCUCCCGCUGCGUCGGCAGGAUCCAGUGGUCCAAGCUGCAGGUGUUCGAUGCCCGCGACUGCACCACGGCUCACGGAAUGUUCAACUACAUCUGUAACCAUAUCAAGUAUGCCACCAACAAAGGGAACCUCAGGUCUGCCAUCACCAUAUUUCCCCAGAGGACCGAUGGCAAGCACGACUUCCGAGUCUGGAACUCCCAGCUCAUCCGCUACGCCGGCUACAAGCAGCCCGACGGCUCCAUCCUGGGGGAUCCAGCCAAUGUGGAGUUCACAGAGAUCUGCACACAACAGGGCUGGAAACCCCCGAGAGGCCGCUUCGAUGUCCUACCACUCCUGCUCCAGGCCAAUGGCAAUGACCCUGAGCUCUUCCAGAUCCCUCCAGAGCUGGUGCUGGAAGUGCCCAUCAGGCACCCCAAGUUUGAGUGGUUCAAGGACCUGGGACUGAAGUGGUACGGCCUGCCCGCUGUGUCCAACAUGCUCCUGGAGAUUGGCGGCCUGGAGUUCACUGCCUGUCCCUUCAGUGGCUGGUACAUGGGCACGGAGAUUGGCGUCCGUGACUACUGUGACAACUCGAGAUACAACAUUCUGGAGGAAGUGGCCAAGAAGAUGAACUUGGACCUGAGGAAGACGUCCUCCCUGUGGAAGGACCAGGCGCUGGUGGAGAUCAACAUCGCUGUUCUCUACAGCUUUCAGAGUGACAAAGUGACCAUCGUUGACCACCACUCUGCCACUGAGUCCUUCAUUAAGCACAUGGAGAAUGAGUACCGCUGCCGGGGGGGCUGCCCCGCCGACUGGGUGUGGAUUGUGCCCCCCAUGUCUGGCAGCAUCACCCCUGUCUUCCACCAGGAGAUGCUCAACUACCGGCUCACCCCCUCCUUCGAAUACCAGCCUGACCCUUGGAACACCCACGUCUGGAAAGGCACCAACGGGACCCCCACAAAGCGGCGGGCCAUCGGCUUCAAGAAGCUAGCAGAAGCCGUCAAGUUCUCGGCCAAGCUGAUGGGGCAGGCAAUGGCCAAGAGGGUCAAGGCGACCAUCCUUUAUGCCACAGAGACGGGCAAAUCACAAGCCUACGCCAAAACCUUGUGUGAGAUCUUCAAACACGCCUUUGAUGCCAAGGUGAUGUCCAUGGAAGAAUAUGACAUUGUGCACCUGGAACACGAAGCUCUGGUCCUGGUGGUUACCAGCACCUUUGGCAAUGGAGACCCCCCUGAGAACGGAGAGAAAUUCGGCUGUGCUUUGAUGGAAAUGAGGCACCCCAACUCGGUGCAUGAGGAAAGGAAGAGCUACAAGGUCCGAUUCAAUAGUGUCUCCUCAUAUUCCGACUCCCGCAAAUCAUCGGGUGAUGGGCCGGACCUCAGAGACAACUUUGAGAGUGCGGGGCCCCUGGCAAAUGUGAGGUUCUCAGUGUUUGGCCUUGGCUCGAGGGCAUACCCUCACUUCUGCGCCUUUGGACACGCCGUGGACACCCUCCUGGAAGAGCUGGGAGGAGAGAGGAUCCUGAAGAUGAGGGAGGGGGACGAGCUCUGUGGGCAGGAAGAGGCUUUCAGGACCUGGGCCAAGAAGGUCUUCAAGGCAGCCUGUGAUGUGUUCUGCGUGGGAGAUGACGUCAACAUCGAGAAGGCAAACAACUCCCUCAUCAGCAAUGACCGCAGCUGGAAGAGGAACAAGUUCCGCCUCACCUAUGUGGCCGAAGCUCCGGAACUUACUCAAGGUCUAUCCAAUGUCCACAAAAAGCGGGUCUCAGCUGCUCGACUCCUCAGCCGCCAAAACCUUCAGAGCCCUAAAUCCAGCCGAUCGACCAUCUUCGUGCGUCUCCACACCAAUGGGAAUCAGGAGCUGCAGUACCAGCCUGGGGACCACCUGGGCGUCUUCCCCGGCAACCACGAGGACCUCGUGAACGCCCUGAUUGAGCGGCUGGAGGACGCGCCACCCGUCAACCAGCUGGUGACAGUGGAGCUCCUGGAGGAGCGGAACACGGCUCUGGGAGUGAUCAGUAACUGGACGGAUGAGCAUCGCCUCCCGCCCUGCACCAUCUUCCAGGCCUUCAAGUACUACCUGGACAUCACCACGCCGCCGACGCCACUGCAGCUGCAGCAGUUUGCCUCCCUGGCCACCAGUGAGAAAGAGAAGCAGCGUCUGCUGGUCCUCAGCAAGGGUUUGCAGGAAUACGAGGAAUGGAAAUGGGGCAAGAACCCCACCAUCGUGGAGGUGCUGGAGGAGUUCCCGUCCAUCCAGAUGCCCGCCACCCUGCUUCUGACACAGCUGUCCCUCCUGCAGCCUCGUUACUACUCCAUCAGCUCCUCCCCGGACAUGUACCCCGAUGAGGUGCACCUCACCGUGGCCAUCGUCUCCUACCGCACCGGAGAUGGAGAAGGACCAAUUCACCACGGCGUGUGCUCCUCCUGGCUCAACCGGAUACAGGCUGACGAAGUGGUCCCCUGUUUCGUGAGAGGAGCGCCUAGCUUCCACCUGCCCCGAAAUCCCCUAGUGCCCUGCAUCCUGGUGGGCCCGGGCACCGGCAUUGCCCCCUUCCGAAGCUUCUGGCAGCAGCGGCAAUUUGACAUCCAGCACAAAGGAAUGAGUCCCUGCCCCAUGGUCCUGGUCUUCGGGUGCCGGCAGUCCAAGAUAGACCACAUCUACAGGGAGGAGGCCCUCCAGGCCAAGAAGACGGGGGUCUUCAGAGAACUGUACACGGCCUACUCCCGGGAGCCAGACAAACCAAAGAAGUACGUGCAGGACAUCCUGCAGGAGCAGCUGGCGGAGGCCGUGUACCGAGCCCUGAAGGAGCAAGGAGGCCACAUUUACGUCUGUGGAGACGUCACCAUGGCCGCCGACGUCCUCAAAGCCAUCCAGCGCAUCAUGACCCAGCAAGGGAAGCUGUCGGUGGAGGACGCCGGGGUGUUCAUCAGCAGGCUGAGGGAUGACAACCGGUACCAUGAGGAUAUUUUCGGGGUCACCCUGCGAACGUACGAAGUGACCAACCGCCUUAGAUCUGAAUCCAUUGCCUUCAUUGAGGAGAGCAAAAAAGACACGGAUGAGGUUUUCAGCUCCUAACUGGAUCCUCUUGCCCAGAGGAUGGCAGGGGCCGGCCCAUGCACUGGGCGGGGCGGCUGCGGGUUUUGCCUGCGUGGACGCCGCUGAACCUUUCCUGCGGGCCGUGUGGCCCUGCUCUGCCUCUCGUCCUGUCCCGUGUCCUUUCUCCUCUUCUGGGCCUGCGGCCUUUCUCCUUGCGUUUCCCCGCUGCAGUGCAAGGCCUUUAUAAUCCGCAGUGGCUCUUACACGCCCUUUCCCCCUCUCUCUUCCUGACACGGGCAACUCACCGGUGCAUGAAACCACUGUCACACGGCUAUCGCUUGUGUCAGGGCUUGUUUCCUGGGGCCCCCUGGACAGGCUGCAGGGACCGGACAGAAGAGUUUUGUGAGCCAGUCCCUCGGCCGCUGAAGUCCCCCCGUAUCCUUUUUUAUGGUGACAUUUUGGUCAUGUGUGUGUGCGUGUGACGGGCCCAGGUCUCCGUGUGUCCUCCUGCCUGUGUGAGGGUGUGGCCCGCAGACCCUCGGUGCCAAGAAACGUGCCCCAGCCAUCACAUGUGCAUAAUUAAGGGUCCGUGCUAGUGUCCCUGACACACUGGGAAGCACCCUCAUUGUCCCACUUAUUAAGGGCUGGGGCAUGGAGAGGGGGGUGUGAUGAUUAACGGAGAAAUCUCCAACCAAAGGGGGAAUCACAGAAUGAGGUGCAUUUGGAUUCUGGCACCUGUUCGCGGAGCCCUUGGUGGGAAGUCAACCCAUGUAAUGGACCGGACAAACCCCCUCCCCAGCCCCACCCACCCGGGCCAGGACCACCUGACUACACCCUCCCCCGGCUAUCCCACUCAUGAGACCGGAAGUGAUGUCCAAGCGAGUGUGCUGGAAAUAAGAAUCUCCCCAUCUUCACCACCGGGUGACUCUGGACCGGUCACUUGUCCCCAGUUUCUGCCAGUCUCGAUGCUAUGAAGCUAAAAAGUGUGAAUGGAGCAAACUUGAAAGUUGUGGAGCCUGGAAACAAUACCAAGGCAGAAUCAUUGCUAUUUUUUCAUUCCUCCAAAUGGGGCUUGCUGUUUCACCCUUGAGGAUGGAAUAAUGGAAGGCAGUUAAAGCAGACCAGGCAGGGCGGGGAAGCCGUAAUGAGGCACUGCACGCUGCUUCUGCAGGACACACCCCAGGACGGGGAGAACCUGGCCCUCACGCUUUUGGCCUUCUGAAAGUGAUCCUCCCAAUGUUUAACGUGAUAAGGUAAUUUUGACAAAUAAAUUAUCCUUGACUCAGAUCACAAAUGGGCAGCAAAGUCUUUAGCAGGAAUCGGGGCCUGGCAGGCAACCUGCUGAGUUUACCCUCUUGGAGUAAAUGAGGUGGGAGGGUGCCUUUCUGCACUUAGUGGCAGACUGUGCCCAGAAAGAGCCGAGAAAUUCCAUGACCCCCAGGGACUGCCUCGAGGGGUCUGCCCUGGGCCCCGGGGUUGGAAGGGAAGCAUUCAGGCAGUUCUAUUCUCUGUUUUGUUGUGUUAUGUAGAAAGACAGCAUUUCCUUUAUAUACUGCACUAUGGGCGUUUCUUUCUUGAUGCUCAGUUUUUGGGGGUCUGCCAAAGAGAAAGUGCCCUGGCCCUCUUUGGAAGGACCUUAGAAUGGGGAUGCCAAAGAGGUGUCCCCAUGAGGGGACAACCUCUUCAAGUCAAAGGGCAAACCGUAUCUCGCCGUUCCCCACCCUCCCUGGCGGCCCCCACUGCUGUCUCAUCCCUGGCACGCGGACUUCGACUUCACGCCAGUUAUGACCUCCCUGCCUUCCUCUAAUCCUGUUUCCUCCUGCUCGGGCUCCCAUGGCUUAGAGACCAAACCCUGGGCAUGCUCCGCCACCCCACUCUAACCUGGAGGGAAGCCCCUUGUAAACCCUCUCUUUCCUGCAAACACAAUUCCGGCUCCUAGUAACCUUCCUCCAGGGGCUUUCUCUCCAACUCUUUGAGCCUUUUGGAGAUACCUCCUAAGAUGUCACUAACUCCCCAGGGACUGAACUGCUGUGUCCAACCUCCAUCAAAGAGGAAUUGAUCAGUGCUUCCCCCUCCAAAUCAAGCUGUACACAUGAAUGCUUUUCCAUCGCCAAAUAAAUACCUGUGAGCCCUUACUGUGUGCCAGGCCCCUUCUUCGUAUAUCCCUGCCCUUCUAGUAGCAGGCAGACAGAUGGAAACAUCGUCUCGUUUUAUCAGGGAGGCCAAAGAAAUGAUCAUAUAACCAGGAUUCAUCUUUCUUUCCAGGAAGGAUUUUUAUCUAAGUAAACACCUUUCAACCUCCAACACAAGCUGCUUCAUAACUCCCGUCUAGAAGACAGCAGACUGGUCGCAUGUGUUUCUCUCAUUUGCCAGAAUUCCUGAUACCAAAAGCCGGCUCCACUGAGCCUAUCAAGAGGCAGAGAGCAGAGUCCUGAUUCAGAGUUUAGCUCUGAUGCAGAGUGGGUAAAUGCUGCCCUCUCGUGGUGGUUUUUAGUUCAGUCCCAAUGGCCAAAAAACAGGCGCAAAAUUUGGUUUAACAGUAGAUGAGCAAAAAUAGGGUUGACUGGGCAUUUGGAGAUUACCCAGGUUACAGGCAUUUUAUUUCCCUCUCCCCCUUGAAUUGGCCUGCAGAGUUCCAACCCCAUUUAGCAAAAGUGUGUUUCGCCAGGAGGAAUGAGACAACAGGAGAGCUGGAAUCUAGUGCUUUCCUGUCGCCACUAUGAAUCCAAUUCUCGAACCUUGUGUUGCGAAAGAAGCAGAACUAGUUAAUUAGACUCCCUGAGAGGAGAAAGGUUUUCCCUUAAUUUCUACAAUGUGAGACAGCCGGGUAUCUUUCUUUGGGGGGAAUGCUUCAGACCCACCAAAAUGGAGUUUGGGAAGCAGACCUGGGUCCAUGUGCUAAUUAUGCCCCUGUUUCCGCAGACAAUCAAGUCACCAUUCUGAGUCUACGUAUCCACAAAGGAGAUAAUGCCCCUACGAUGCCCAGUGACAUUUUAUUUUUUCACUUAAUUUAUAACAUUUCCUGCUUCUCUAGUACGCAGAAGGCACCGUGGAACAGUCAGAGGAAAAUACGGUUCCUCUCUUAUAGAAGGUUAGAAUCUGGUAUGUAGAGACACAAUUCUUAGAAUUGACAUAAAUGUCUGGGUUUUGAGAAAUGAGUGGGCUUCCACCAGUGGGUUUGGGGAGAGAAGAUUGCCAGGAAGUGGGAAGAGUGAGAGGAAAGGCAUGGACGGGGAGCACGUAGGGUAAAUCAGGGCUGGCUUCAGAUGUAGCCCAGCUUUGGAAA